UGGAUUUUUAUCCGGGUUGGUUUUCUGGUGUUCGAAAAUGUGACAUAAUUAAAAAAGACCUGACGAGUGUGGCGCGUAAAUUAAAACAUCAACACGUUGUGGCAGGAUGGCUGAGGAAGUGGCUCAGUUUGACCGGACACAGUUGAAAGAGACGCUGUCUCGCUAUGCCGUGGAAAACCAUAAAGACGACUUGCUGUCUAUAUUAUAUGCAGAAGAUGAGACUCAGCAUUUUUCUGUUGUGAUAGACACUUUGACAUUAUUUGAAACAGACAUCGCUAUCUGUGAGGUCCUCCUUUAUAAACCAGUUCAGCUGUUACAGGUGUUUGACGAGGCCUUAAUUAAUGCCCAAGAAACUCUGCUCUCAACUCACUCUGCUCAUAAACAGAUGGCUAUGAAGAAAAACAUCCAUGCUCGUCUUGCAAGACUUCCCGUCUGUCCAGAACUGACCAGAACAUGUCUUCCCAGAAAUGCUGAUGUUGGAACCUUUCUGUCUGUAACAGUUACGGUUAUCCAGAGUGCUGCUAUAAAAGUUUUAGAAUUUGAGCGAGAAUUCAUGUGUACCAAGUGUAAACAGAUCUUCACUUACCAGGCAAAUAUUGAACAUUAUUAUAAUUUUAAAGCUCUGAAAUGUCAGAAUGACUCCUGCAACUCAAUGAAAUUGGUCUCUUUGAGUGACAAAGGAACUGUUCCUCUCAAAUGCAAAGACUACCAAGAAAUCAAGGUUCAAGAACAGGUGCAGCACCUCCUGCUAGGUACAAUUCCUCGUUCCAUGUGGGUUGUCUUGGAGAAUGAUUUGGUUGACAGUUGUAAAGCAGGUGAUGAUGUGACUAUUUGUGGAAUUGUCAUGCAUCGGUGGAGUCCUUUGAAUGUGGAUACAGUCUGUGAUAUAGACAUGUUCAUGAAAGCAAACCACAUUCUUGUGACAAAUGAGAAGAAAAAUGCUAUUGUAAUCUCCAAGGAGAUGAAAGAUGAAUUUUGGUCGUUUUGGAAAGAGUUCCAGGAUUAUCCUCUUACUGGCCGUAAUCAUAUCCUCACAAGCUUUUGUCCUCAAGUGUAUGGCUUGUAUGUGGUGAAGUUAGCUGUAAUUCUGGUCUUAAUUGGUGGUGUGCAGCGUAAAGACGAUAUUGGGACGGCAGUUCGAGGAGAGAUCCACCUACUCCUUGUUGGGGACCCAGGAACUGGCAAGUCACAAUUCUUGAAAUAUGCUGCAAAACUAAUGCCACGUUCAGUGUUGACAACAGGGAUCGGAAGCACGAGUGCAGGACUUACUGUGGCUGCAGUAAAGGAUGGUUGCAACUGGAUGCUGGAAGCUGGUGCUUUGGUUUUAGCUGAUGGUGGUGUUUGUUGUAUUGAUGAGUUCAACAGUAUCCAAGAAGCUGAUAAAGCCAGCAUUCACGAAGCGAUGGAACAACAAACCUUGAGCGUGGCCAAAGCUGGAAUGAUCUGUAAGCUGAACACAAGAACAACUAUAAUAGCAGCAACAAAUCCGAAAGGGCAUUAUGAUCCAGAACAGUCAAUCUGUGUGAACAUAGCUUUAGCAAGCCCCCUGUUGAGUAGGUUUGAUUUGAUUAUGGUGCUUUUAGACAACAAAAAUGAAGAAUGGGACCAAGUAGUGUCCAGUUACAUCCUCAAUGGUAGUAAGGCAACAGGGAAAUUGACUGAGGCAUCAAAACAUUUAUGGAACAUUGAGAAGAUACAGACAUAUUUAUCGCUGGUGAAAGAUAUCAACCCUGAACUGUCAGAUAAUGCCAGUAGAGUACUCCAAGCUUAUUACCGUGCACAGAGGAGCGCAGAUGAUCGGAAUGCUGCACGAACAACAAUGCGCCUCUUACAGAGUAUUAUUCGGCUUUCUCAAGCUCAUGCCCGCCUCAUGCUUCGAGAUGUUGUCACAGUUCAAGAUGCUAUUGUUGCUGUUGUUCUUAUGGAAUCAACAAUGGAGGGAGCUGCCUUACUGGGAGGUGUCAAUGCCCUUCAUGCUGCUUUCCCUGACAAUCCAGAAGAGGAACAUAAAAUCCAAGCCCAAAUGGUGUUAAAAUUACUUCAAAUAGAAGAAUUGAUGGACCAUUUGACCGAAGUGGAAGCUGGUUCUUACUUGACGAAAAGCAACACGACAUUCCAGCCUUUCGCAAGUGAGACAUCAUUCAACCUCUCUCAUACAAGUGUCAUUGAAAACGAAGCAGGCACAAGUUGAAACUCAAACAGGAGACACAGUUUCCUUGGUAAUUCUUACCAAGCUUCAAACAUGACUUACCAAAACAUUUGGACAUAUUUUAACCCUUUAGUAUUUAAACCGGCCAUAUCCGGCCAAAAUAACUAAUCUGUUUUAUGUUCAAACUGACCAGAUCCAGGCUCUCACACCUACCCUACAAUGUUAUUCUACAUUAAGUAAU